CCCAGGCUGUGUCGCAGUUAGUUUCCUCCGUGUGGAGCUCCAGCUGAAGAUGAGAGGCUGAGUUCAGCAGCAUGGAUCAGUGUGAGGACAGAGGAACCACUCUGUGUGGGGACCAGGACCGCCAGACCAAAGCUCAGAGCCCAGAGCAGCAGCUCACACCUGACUCUGCUGAACCUGGACCUGGACCUGGACCUGAACCCAGCUGUGUGUCCAUGAAGAGUGACCGGUCUAAGGAUUUACCUGUGUACUUCAAAGAUGGACGUCACUCUGUUGAUCCAAGGAGAAAGCUGGAAGAACCAGAACCCAGCUGUGUGUCCAUGAAGAGUGACCGGUCUAAGGAUUUACCUGUGUACUUCAAAGAUGGACGUCACUCUGUUGAUCCCAGAGUGGACCAGGAGAGCUCAGAGGUUCCCAGUGAUCAGUCUGCCCAGCAGCAUCAAACACACCUGGACUCCAUAUUUAUGCUGCUGGAGGAGGACAUUGUCACGUUUGUAAAGAACGAGCUGAAGAAGAUCCGGAAGGUUCUGAGUCCAGAUUACCCAGAAUGCUCAGAGAGUCAGAGGGAGGGUGAAGAGGUGUUGGAUGGUGAAGACAAAGAGCAGAGGAGGAGCAGCAGAGAGGCAUUUCUGAAGAUCACACUGCACUUCCUGAGGAGAAGCAAGCAGGACGAGCUGGCUGAACGUCUGCAGAGCAGAAGUCCUUCUGGAGUUUGUAAGCGUAAACUCAAAUCUAAGCUAAACAAGAAGUUCCAGUGUGUGUUUGAGGGGAUUGCUAAAGCAGGAAACCCAACCCUUCUGAAUCAGAUGUUCACAGAGAUCUACAUCAUAGAGGGAGGGACUGCAGAAGUCAAUGCUGAACAUGAGGUCAGACACAUUGAAACAGAAUCCAGGAAACCAGACAGACCAGAAACAACAAUCAGACAUGAAGACCUCUUUAAAACCCCACCUGGAAGAGAUGAACCAAUCAGAAGAGUAAUGACAAAGGGAGUGGCUGGCAUCGGGAAAACAGUCUUAACACAGAAGUUCACUCUGGACUGGGCUGAAGACAAAUCCAAAGUGAAGAACAUCAAGUAUGAUGGAUGA